AGUGAACAACGCACUCAGCAAUAUUCUCUCCUUUCAUCUUUAUCCGUGGCACAUGAGAGUUUUGCACAUUCAGCGAAACUUCUCACUGUAUUCUGUGACUGUGAGAAAAUAAUUUCAGCACAGACAAAUGGCUCAGUGUGUCCAGAAAGUGACGACAAGGUGAUUUGAAACAGGAAAAAGGGGGUUAGAAUUGUUAGAACGGUUGCUGUGGAUGCUUUGCAGGAAGUGAAUAGAAAAGCGGAAAGCAAAGUAGGGUAAUAAAAAAAAAGACAGAAGCAUCGAGUGUUCAACUCGGGUUAAAAUUCAUGCACGUAAUUGAAAAUCGAUCGUGUGUGAGUCAGAGGAGUUUCCUCACUAAACAAACCCUGUCUCAGGUGCAGUCGGGAGUUGGAAAAGCCGAGGGAGAAUCACUCAGAAAUCCCGCAUGUUGGGUGAAAGACGACGUGCCCAGAGUUUUGUUGCAAAAUUCACAGACAAUUAGUCGCUAAAGUGUGAAAGAGAAUCUAUUAUUAAAGUGGACAGUUUCGACGAGACGAGAGAAAUCAAUUUGUGUGUCUUGCAGUUUGGAAAAGUGGUCAAAAUGCCUGGAUCGAGCAACAAGACAGUGAAACCGCUGGAGGUUCACAACAAUAACACCAACUCCAGCACUAAGAGCAGUGGCAAGAAGAUGGACUACGGCGCGGCGCAGAACGGGAUGUCCAAUGGAGGCGGUGGUCAAUUCGGCGGGCAGCAGCAGAAGGUGACUCUCAGGAGGCGCUGCCGCAGUGAAUGCCACCAAUUUGUGGGUGGCGAUGAGGCUUCAGAUGCACUGAAUAACUUUCCGGCGAAGACGAACCACUUGCUGGGACAAGAGAUGAAGCACAAAGGCGGCGGCGCGAUGCGGAAUGGCUUUCGCGCGAAGUACAGUCCGCCGCGUCACAUGGUGGCAUCGCGCAAAUUGCUGGCACUCACCAAGGAGACCCACGCGCAGAAUGUGAUAAGAGAGUUGGAUGGCGAGAGCGAGGAUCACAUCAAAGAGAACAUAUCUGAGUACACGCUGAAGGGUGGCAGGAAGGAUCACGGCGAGGCGGUGACAGAGCAGAAAAUAGCGUGCGGGGAUUUGCAUAAGAGACGCACGCGGCCAAGAAGUGAAUCGGAGCCGCAUGAGAUCUACAAGACCACAAAUGGAAUUGAUAAAAAUAGAAAUGAUGAUAUGGCACUCAAGCGUUCGCGUGAAGAGGAUUCCCCGCCGAUGCAUUAUCAGCUGAAGCUCUCCAACGGCAAUCACGCAGUCCCUGCCUUUCCUGUCGAGAAGAAGAGUCCGCCGGCAUCACCGCGCAAGGUGAAUGGAAGUUGCGACGUGAACUACUCAUCGGCAAAAGUGACUGUGAUGAAUGGUGAGCGGCAGGAGGCGCAGAAAGCCGCUCCGACUGCUCGGGAUGCGGUCAAAGAUGUGGAGGACUCGCACUCGGACAUGUCAGACACAGAGUGCAGUAGCUUAGACGGUGACGCCAUGGCGGACUUUGACGAAGAGGACGUCUAUGAUCUGAUGUCGCAAUCUGAAGAUGUGGACGGUGAUAAGAUGUUCAGUGCCAACAUAUCUGUGGCGAUUCAGAGCAAAGUCAAUCUACCGCCCAUUGAAGCUCAUCAGGCGAUUGUGGCGGAGCCGGAGGUGAAUUUUACGUCAACUGCUGGACCAAUAUCACCCAGUAUGUUUCCCAAUGUGCCACCGUUUCUCACCUUUGCUUCGGACACGGAUCCAGGACCACAAAUGCAUCCGCUGGUGACGAAAAUACUCAAGUGGAAGGUGACUGCCGUGACGCCGAUUGUCGUGAGGAAGGUUCUUCUCAACUCAGGGUUUAGAUUACUCAAGCAAACAAAUGACUGGAUCGGUAUAUGGGGAAAGCACAUGAAAAGUCCACAAUUUCGCACAAUUCGCUCGUAUCAGAAGUUUAAUCAUAUUCCGGGCACAUUUCAAAUUGGCCGAAAGGAUCGCGUAUGGAGAAAUUUGCAGCUUCAGAUGGCACGCAAUGGCAAGAAAGAAUUUGGUUUCAUGCCACGCACUUACAUUCUGCCACAAGAUCUGAAAACACUGCGUCAGAUGUGGCCACGAUACAGUCAGCGUGGUGUGAAAUGGAUUAUCAAGCCGCCGGCAUCGGCACGAGGAACGGGAAUUAAAGUGGUCAAUCGGUGGUCACAAAUCCCCAAGAGACGUCCUAUUAUUGUGCAGCGCUACGUGGAGCGCCCGAUGCUUAUUGACGGCAGCAAAUUUGAUCUUCGCCUGUAUGUUCUGGUAACAUCCAUGAAUCCGCUGAAAGUGUAUAUGCACACUGAUGGUCUGGCAAGAUUUGCGUCUGUGCGCUACAGUGAGAAAGUAGACACACUCAACGAUCGGUUCAUGCAUUUGACGAAUUACAGUAUUAACAAGUUCUCAGCCAAUUAUGCCAAAAAUGAGGAUGCUGAGGCGUGCAAGGGUCACAAAUGGACAAUUAAGUCACUGUGGAGCUACUUGGAGGCGGGUGGUGUGGAUACUGAACGUCUCUGGGGUGCUUUGAGGAAUCUCGUGAUUCGAACAUUGCUCGCCGGUGAGACACCGAUUCACAAUCUCACCAAAUCCAACAUGCUUUGCAAGUACAACUGCUACGAACUCUUUGGCUUUGACGUUCUUCUGGAUUCGGAUCUCGUGCCGUGGCUACUGGAAGUGAACAUUUCGCCAUCACUGCACUCUUCCUCGCCGCUUGAUCUGCACGUGAAGGCACCUCUCGUGAGAGCCACGCUGAACACGGCGCUAUAUCAAGUGCCGCCGAAAUUGGCGGAGGACAAGCAGCAGGAAGUGGCGCAGUCGCUAAAUUUGCAGGGAUCGUUGUGUAUGGACAAGAGGAUGUACACGACCACAUUAGCCAGGAGUGAGAGGAUCAAGCACAAUCACUUCACCGGCAGGGAGUUGAACAGAGAAGACUACCUCGAGAGCAUCUUGGACAAUCUCACAGCGGAUGACGUGCGAUGUCUGAUCCUUGUGGAAGAGGAGUUGACUCGCUGUGCUCCGCUGGAACGGAUCUUUCCGGCUCCGAACAGUCACAAGUAUCUCAACUACAUGGACAAUCCGCGCUACUACAAUCGCCUCCUGGACGCGUGGGAGACGAAGUAUGCCGGCCGUCGCGAGGAGGGCAUCGCGCGGCUGCAGGAUUUGUGUGCCAAGAAGGUACAUCUGCAAGUAUCGCCGGCGUCCAUGAAGAAGGCCAAUUUUAGUCGAAUCAGUGCCAUGGAUUCACCAUUGAAAUGCCGAAAAUGGUCUAGAAAGUUUCCCCGUUUCAAUGCAACAUGUCUCCCAAAAAUUACAGGGCGGAGAUUUUGUAAAAAUAAGACGAAAUAAUGCCUUAAAUAUCGGAUAUUGGAAAAGAUUUUUGAAAUGAAAGCAAAAGAAGGAAAAUGAGAAAUUUUACGGGAUCUUUAGCUGUGGAAACAUGUAGAUUUUUCGCAAUUAUUAAAGUAGAAUUUUGUAGAAUUUAUUCCCUCUAUAAAUUGGAAAAUGAAAAAAAUAUAUGAAAAUUUUAUAAAAUGUACAAUAUUUAGUUGUUUUGUUUUAGAAACUUUUUACUUCAGCAAAUGAGCAUUUGCUGUAAAUUUACUAUCACCACUUUUCUCAAUUGAGAAUUGAUAGAGUGUAUUUUUGUUCUUAGUUCGUUUGAUAUUUUUUCAUACCCUUUUCUCAAUUUGUUUGUCUUGAUUUUGUUGAUCUUUGUUUUGCAAUAUGAUGCGAAAGUCUGACAUUGUGCCCCGAUAUUGUAGGAUUGCAACAGUAAAAUAGGAAAUGGUGAGUCCAGCGGGGAGACUGUUGCGAGUCUGCUGACGGAUGAGGACUCAGAGGACGAGAGGCAGAGCAGGAAGUCGCCGGCGAAGACGCUCG